GCGGAAAUAUGAGCUUAGCUGGGGCCGCUAGUAACGUAGUCGUUUAUAGUUCUUCAGCUGAGCUUCAAGAUCAGCAGUAGGGCCUCUAGACCGCCGGCGCCAAUUGCGCCACUUAAUUUCGGUAAUCGAGUUCGAGACUAGAGAGGAACGUCGUACGUGAUUUAUAUAUUAUCUGCGUAGAGCCGCAACUUUUGUUGAAAGUCAGUGUAUACCCCAGGUUGUCGUUUAGAAGUGAGAGGCAGUCUUCGUUCGUUUUAAACUAUCACUUCCUCGUAACGUGAGGCUUCUAUUUGAUCAUGUUGUUUAAAUACAUAAUCUCGGCCGCAACCUUGUCCGCCUUUUAUGAGGUGGCGAAUGCGAGCAGAUGCAGGCCGAGAACGUCGAGUAGUGAGCCAAUCCCGACGACCUCUUCGUAUAGUUUGGUGCCCUCGAGCACGUACGCAGUCUCUAUCACUACUUUAUCGUCUUUUGCUUCCGCUACGAGCUCUGUAGCUAUAUCUUCAACAAUCAGCGACAGUUCAAUUGCAUCAAGCACUGAAUCUUCGUCCAUAAUUCCCUUGACGAGUUCUUCAUUGAGUUCCUCAGUAAUAUCAUCGACCGAGAGCAUAAUAGCAACUGAGACUGCCUCCUCAACAAACUCCUCGGAAAUCUCAUCGUCGGAGAGCGUAUCGGCGACUGAGACGAUCUCCUCAACAAUAUCCUCAACCACCUCCUCGAUUAGCAGCGUCGAAACCUCGUCAACUAUCACUUCAUCGAGUAUUACCCCGUCAAGUACUUCCUCGUUGGAGAUACCUUCAACUACAUCGUCAACUACGUCCGCAGAGCCUACCCCUACUAACAUUCAAGCCGUUAUAAACUCUGGCUUCGAGAUCGCGGAUCCUAUCAUAUGGACCUUUCCAGGAUAUAGGCUUGACAUGGCCGCCAGCGGUUCGCUAGACACGGACCCAUUCUCGGGCUCGCGAUCGUUCAUCGCGCAGGGACUACCAGGCCUCUGGCAGAUCCGCCUACAGCAGACUGUGUCGGUCGUGACGGGCCAAGCAUACUCAUUCCAAUAUACUCUCAAGAUGGACCCACCCGCUGGGUGCGUCAUGGACGUGUUGAUUAACAAUGUGCGAACGCGGCGGCCUAACCUAACUCAGAAUCGGGGCCUGUACACGACUUACACCGACCCAUGGACCGCAACGAGCGAUACAGCAACGAUUUUGUUCAGCUCGCAGUGCAGCGCGGGUGGCCCGGCAAACAAGUUGUAUUAUGAUGAUAUUACGUUGACUACGGUCGACGCGCCCGAGGUUACGAUACCGUAGAACUCUGAGGCUGGUUGAGAGAAACGAAAUCCGAAUGUUAUCAUCGCAUAUAUAGUAGUCAUAAUAUAUAGACCUAAUGCCCUUCGAUGGAUAAAGAGGUGAAAUCUCUGAAAUAGAAGUUUCAGUAACUCUAAAAUCUAAUGUAGAAAAUUGGAAAAUUUAAUUAGCUUGAUAAAGAUUACCUAAGUACCUAG